AAAAAGUAUCAAGUAGUUUCUGGCUGUCUCUCUUCUCUCCCCCUUUUCUAGUGUUUCUAGUCUACCAUAAAAAUAGCAAGCUUGUAGUACCAGUCAUAUCUGGAUCACCCCUAUUUUCCAGCACCAGAACUUCCAGAAGGUCAAACUUUCCAGACAUUCUCAACAGUCAUUCAUAAAAAAAAUUAUAAUAAUUCAGGAAGAGAUCCGAAAUGAGCAUCGCAGCAGAUUUAGAGGCUGCGAAGGCAAUCGACCUGACUCAGCUUGAAGACAGGCAGAAAGCGGAGCCUCUGUACGAUGCGUUCAUCGCGAAGCACGGAAGCUGCACUGAACCCGCGGAUCGGAAGCUGUUGGGACUAGCGUAUAACAACCGUGGCCAGAUCAAAUACAUGCGUGUGGAUUUCAACGAGGCUAGUGUGGACUAUACACAAGCCAUAGAGUGUGAUCCUCAGCUGUCCGUAGCGUUCUACAACCGUGGACAGAUCCAUUAUCGUCUAGCUCGCUACGAGCAAGCCGUCAGUGACUUUGCACGGUGUCUGCAGCUUGAGCCAGGCUUCAGGGACGCAGUGGAGAACAUGGCGCAGGCACAGGCGGACAUUGACUUGAAGGAACGUGGUCUGAACUCCUCGUACAGCUGAUGCACCCAUCGGUAGAUCAAUGCUCGAUUCAACCAAGGCUGCAACAGCACACGCGCAUGGUCAAUGCUCAAUUCAACCAAAGCUGCAACAGCACACACACGUGGUUCGGGGCAGCGGGUAUUUGUUAUCAGUUACCAGUGGCGGACGGUGUCGACUGAUUUCAUCUACGGUUGAGCUCAUCUCGCACCGCUGAGCUCGUUGCCGUGGUUCUUCCGGACGCUGCAGCCGUGUCACUGUGUUUUGCUCGUGUGCCACCCGGUCAGGUGGCGCCAAUUUCGAGUCUAUCUGCCUCAGCUCAGCAGAGCAUGGUCUUGGUGGUCAUUGUUGCUGUGUGUUAAGCCGGUAGUUUGGUACCGUGUGCAAGGAGUGCCGACUGUGCACUGGAACUGGCGAGCAGGAAACAUAUACAUGUUGCGGAAUAUAAAAGGUAUUGACUUGAUUUUGUAAUUGGUGACAGUUUUUUAUUCUGCUGGUACAAAUUGUAAAACAUGUUAAAUACUUAUUGGGCAUGUGUAGAAGACGAGGUACUUGCUCAACCUAUGUCAAUCACCACUACAGCUGAUGGUGGUGCUGCUAUUGCUGUUUCCUCUGCUGCUGCUCCUGCGAUAUUACUGGUGUCUUUGCCGGUGAUGCUGUUGGCAACACUGGUAUUUGCUCGCGUUCUUUUGAAAAUCUGAUGCCAGGUGGGCUUCGCCCGUAGCACUCUUCAUCCUUGAACUGGGGAGAGAGCUGCCCCGGCGUUGCACAGCUAUCAAACCUGCUUUUCCUUUGUCUCGUAUUUUGCACGCACUCCAGUUCGCAAUGGCGUUCGGGAGCAUCGAGCUGGAGUGGGGAAUGUACGAAGCAUUGCUCUACUCGCCCGGCUUCAUGCACCGCCGUUACGUGUACGCUUCAGCCCCCUCCCUCCCCUGCUUUGUUGCAUACAUCUGUGUGAGAGGACGCUGCUGGCAGCUGUGCUGUGCGAAUGCCGUCCACAAUUUCUUAUUUAUUUUUCAGCAUGCUAACUGUCCUAUUUUAAAAGUAUUAUAUCACUGUACUGUUAAAGGAUAUCCACUCGA